ACUUCACUCGUUCGAGUCGUAUUCGAGAGCAACAACCCGCUGGAUUCGGACGCAUUUUCUGUGCUAUCGCCAUCUCGUCGCAGUCGUUUUGUUUUUUGCCGCUAUUCAUAAUACUAAAUUACAUUUUUGUGUAUAUAAAAUUGUUUUUGUUUUUUAUUUUCUUACGUUAAAUAUCGCGAAAUCGGUAAAGUUACGGACAACAAUAUUGCGUACACGUUCAUACAUACAUAAAUAAUAAUAUUCUUGGUAAAUUUCUGUAUAAAUAUUUUGUAUUUGUUAAACCGUUUACCGUUCAACAAAAUUCGUUAUUUAAAUUAAUUAGUGUGUGCGUGUAUAGUGCUAAACUCACAAACAUACAUAUACACGCGUAAAUAAUUGCCAAAAAAUAAACACCUUAAAAGCGUGACAACAGGAAAUAAGUGUUCGCCGUCGAUCUCCAUAUAGUAUUCGCUCGAACAGACUCACUUGGCCGCAUCCAGUGAAUAAAGCAAUCGAGUAUCAAGAACAACAUCUAAAACUACAAAGGCAUUCAGCUAUUGUAGACACAACUAAACUACCUGAAACAGUCAACGACAACACCAACAACAACGAAGAGAAAAUGGCUGAAGUUGAAGUAGAGCAAAUUGUAGAAGUCACCGAUGAAGUUUCUAAGGAUGAAGAGGUGGACGAAGUAGAGGACCAACCAAGAAGGAUGUUUGCACCAACGGAACUCGACAAAGAUGCCAUUCGUGAGGCCUACGAAGAUGUGCGCUCGGAUCAAACAGACACCGACUGGGCCGUCUUCAAGUUCCAGGGCUCCAUUAUAACUUGUACGGCACGCGGUCAGGGUUUCAGCGAAUUCCGCGAGCAAUUCGGUGAUAAUGACCGUGCCUUCGGCUACAUCCGCAUACAAAUGGGUGAUGAGAUGUCGAAGCGGCUGAAAUUCGUCUUCCUGACAUGGAUCGGCCAGUAUGUCGGUGUUUUACCACGUGCCAAAAUGUCUACCGAUAAGGCGCUUGUACGUGAGGUGCUGAGUAAUUUCGCUGUCGAGCUGUACGCGGGCGUUGACGAUGAGCUGGACAUUGAACUUUUCCGUGAUGCCUUGGAACGUGCGGGUGGCGCCAACUACGGCACUGGUGUUUAAGUGCACAUCUUGAGACGUGGCAACGCAUCAACGAGUCCCUGAUUAGUCAUUAAGCUUAUUGAUUACAACUUAUAUAUACAUACUUACAUAUAUACAAACAAACAUACAUGCGUAUUUAAGACAUUUAGAAAUGACUUUUAUGUGUUGACAAAGUGCAUACAUAUUUUAUAAAAUUUUCGUAUAUAUCUACAUACAUACAUAUGUAGAUGCAGACAUGUAUACUUACUAUGAAACAAAUACAAAUACAUAGCGGUUUUUUGUAAAGUCCAA